ACCAUCAUCACCCCCCCAAAUAUCCUAUCUUAUUGCUUAUAAUCAUGUCUAUCUUUCCCACAUACCACAACCUUACCAGUCCAGCUGGCUUUCCUGGAUUGUCCUCCUCUUAUUCUGCUGAGCAGAUUUCAUUACCCCCUAUGGAACAACCCCUGUGCCACCAAAAAUCUGCCGACCUUGCUGCGUUGGAGAUAUUAUCCGAAGAUGAACUGCUCUCUAUUGUCGACCUCCUAUGCUCGUCUGCGCCUGGUGCACAUUCGGACUACUCUACUAUUAUGGAGGAGUCGCACUCAGAAGAAGUUCAAAAUGAUUUCACUGCCGCCAUUCGAGCAAAGCCUCCUCAUCCCCGGGUAGCUCAUGCGUGCGAUCAUUGCAGGCGCCGCAAAACAAAAUGUUCUGGGGAGCAGCCAGCAUGUUCGAGCUGUAAAAAAAGGGGCAAAGUGUGCCAGUGGACCCCUCUCAAAACUACUAAAGAGCGGCGAAGCCGGAAGCCCUACGACGUCGAUAUUGAAUAUCGUCCUCGACCUCGUGCACCUGUCCCGUACAUUAUGGCACCUAGGGCGACGUAUCCCUCGAGCGUUAUGCUCCCGAAUCCGAUGACCAUUUGGUCUACCGAAAAUUUUAUGUCUGCGCCGGCACCCAUUGUCAAGUCUACGACUCAAGCACCCACUGGUUGGAGUGCUCCUGCGCAGUAUGAUUGCCAAGAAGUGGAUAUCAAUUUUAAUUGGAUUCCGUCCCCUCCUUCCUCCUGCCCUUCAUUGGGGAGUGACGUCUCAUCUUGCGAAUCAUCACUUCUGGGGACACCUUCGUCUUCCAACUCGAGAAUUUCCUCGGCUAGUCCUGUGGAGGACUCGGCAUCCGACAUAGACACUUUCUUCAGCGAGCUGUAUCAAGGUCUAUCUCCCGAGUGGACUUCGCUCUUAAACAACUGGUCGGAUGAAACUGAGAUGUUUAUUGCUCAGUAAGCACUGCCAUGUAAUUUUGUUCCUUUGGCGCUGGUCGUCAUUGGAAUUUCGUUCUGGAGGGUUUGCAGUAUGGACGCUUUUGCGACCUCUGUAUCCUAGCAUGUGUUCUUAGUGUAGCA